GGCCCGGCCCGGCGGAGCCCGCCCGUUCGCUAGCGCUUUGUCCUGUCUUCCUUCUCAGCCCGUGAAGAGCCGGCGAGCCCCGGCGGACACUGACGCCGCUGCCCUCCACCGCAGCAUGCUGAAAGUCACCAUGCCCUCGUCGUCCUCGUCUUCGUCGUCCCCCUCCACCUCGUCCACCGGCACCGGCACCGGCGCGGGCGCUGCUGGCGCUGCCUCUGCCGCCGCGGGCCGGGUCGCGGCCGCCGCCGCUGUCCCAGAUUACUGGAUCGACGGCUCCAACAGAGACACCCUGGCCGAUUAUUACGAGUUGGAGUCAGAGUUAGGACGAGGUGCUACAUCUGUUGUCUACAGAUGCAGGCAGAAGGGAACGCAAAAGCCAUUUGCUGUCAAAAUCUUGAAAAAAACGGAGUUGCCCGCUGAAGAGCUCUGUGCAACUCUAAAGAAGUUGUUCGAAGAAAAGGUAGACAAGAAGAUUGUCCGAACAGAAAUUGGUGUUCUACUUCGACUUUCACAUCCUAACAUAAUAAAACUGAAGGAGAUAUUUGAAACCCCCACAGAAAUCAACCUUGUCUUAGAGCUGGUCACAGGAGGAGAGCUGUUUGACAGGAUUGUGGAAAAGGGAUAUUACAGUGAACGAGAUGCUGCUGAUGCUGUGAAGCAAAUCCUGGAAGCAGUUGCUUAUCUACAUGCCAAUGGAAUUGUUCACCGCGAUUUGAAACCAGAAAAUCUACUGUAUGCAACACCUGCUCCAGAUGCACCUUUAAAAAUAGCUGAUUUCGGACUAUCCAAGAUUGUUGCAGACCAAGUCACUAUGAAAACAGUCUGUGGAACUCCAGGCUACUGUGCACCAGAAAUCUUACGAGGAUGCGCCUAUGGCCCAGAAGUAGACAUGUGGUCCUUAGGAAUAAUCACCUAUAUCUUACUCUGUGGCUUUGAACCAUUCUACGAUGAAAGGGGCGACCAGUACAUGUUCAAGAGGAUUCUGAACUGUGAAUAUGAUUUUGUUUCCCCCUGGUGGGAUGAUGUGUCUCUGAAUGCCAAGGAUUUGGUGAAGAAACUAAUUGUGCUUGAUCCCAAGAAACGUCUUACCACAUUUCAAGCUUUACAACAUCCUUGGGUCACAGGGAAGGCUGCCAAUUUUGCUCAUAUGGAUACAGCCCAAAAGAAACUCCAGGAAUUCAAUGCUCGCCGUAAACUUAAGGCUGCAGUGAAAGCUGUUGUUGCAUCAACACGUCUUGGAAGUGCAAGCUGCCACAGCACCCAUGACAACAAUAAGCUCAGCCAGAAUCAGUCUCUGAGCCCAGAAAGUGAUGUGGAGGAAAAUGUGGUGAAGGAGGAAACAGCAAGCCUCACUGAAACUCAGGAAAUGGACUCUCAGGAAGAAGCCUUUCAAGGAGAGCUAUACACCACAGGAUAGCUCAAUGCAGCCAAGAUCUGUCAUUGUAUGCACCAGCCAAGUUACUAUUCAGCAAGAAAGAAUCAUAAGCAGGGCCAGUACGGGUGGCUUUGCUUUGACACAAAAUGCACUGCUAGCUGGUGCUCAGAACUUCAAUGCAUGUGACUGCUUUUGGCGGGGGUGGGGGGUGAUAAACAGACUUGUAUUGGCAUGCCAUGGAUAAAGUGAUAUUUACAGUAAUCACAAGUGAAACUGAGUGCAAGGAGUGCAUAGGUACUCCUUAUGAUUGAAACAGCAUAUAUCCUGUAGAGUGCUUAUAGAUGGCCUCUGAAAUGAAUGGUGGUUGUGGCUUACACGGAAUAGGCAUUUUCUAGAGCUCAUGGCAUUUCUUUGACAUUACUUCUUCCAAACUUAUAAUCACCCAGUAAGGUGAUGGGCACUAAAAUCCACCCACUGUUUUUAAAACAUCAUAUGAAAGAUUUUGCAUUCAUCAGUGAGAAUGUAUAAACUGUUUACAAUUAAGAAUUUAGAGAUUUAUACACGAAAACAUUCCACAGAAUCCUGUAAAACUGAAAGGGUUUCUUCAGAUCUUUGAAACCCUACGUUCUUGAAGUUUAUGCUAGGAAAGUGUUACCUCUAUCACCAACCAUUUCUAUACAGUAUUUUAACAAGAACCAAAAUAUAUCUCUACCAUUUCAGUAUCCAGUAUAGCUUCAGCAAAGCAAUGUUAAAAGUGCACGAUCCAAAACGGUAGAUGUCAAAGGACAGUUGAAACUAGUUGAGGCUAUGAAAUUGUGCCCGUUUAUAGGGAUGGGGAUUCUCAAUCUGCAAUUAUAGAACUUACACUAUAAAACUUACACUGUGAGAAAGGUAUCCAACUCCAUGGUACUUUUCCUGUAGGAAAGCAUUCAAGUUACAACAGGAAACAAAAAUGUUUGCGUGCCUGGCCAUGCAGGAGAGCUGUGCAACCGUCCUUUUUUACCUGUCAGUGUAGACAUCAUCAGUACGGGUGUGCUAAUAAAGACCAAAAUAAGGGCAGAUUCAUGCACCAGUGUAAAAAGGUGCCACAAUCUUUAUUCUGCCAAGUUUAGUGUAUGUGAAUUGAAAAUCAUCCAAAUGAAUAUCUAACAUUUGUCUGCAAGUCAUUUUAUAACACUUGAAUUUCUUAAUGAAUAUGAGAAAAGAUAUUAAAAACUGGCAAAUGACAACUUAGAGCACAAUACUAUAUGUAUCUACUCAGAAGUAACCCCAGGGCUUAUUCCCAGAUAAAUGCAUGUAGGUUUACAAUCUUAAUUGCUUUCCAAGCACUAGCCCAUUAUAUUAUCUUCAGUCAUUAUUUAUCUUCUUAUUUGCAUUUUAGCAGUAUUUUACAAUCUUAGUUAGGAUAAGAAUAUGCAAAUCAGCCAAGAAUAUUAUUAGUUUUGUGUGUUCUGUUCAACUGCAGUUAAAAUUAAGGAUAAUGGAAUAUUACGGAUAGGGGGUUUGCUGAACUACAACUACUUUGGUUACUAUAGACUAGAAUACACUGGUUUUACAGUGAAAGCAUCCUAUGUGAAUGUUUAAAACUAUAAUACUUUGACACACCUUUGAAGCACGAAUCAGAACAUACAUUAAAAAUAUUUGUUUUGCACAAGGAACCAUUAUUCCCAAGCACAAGAAAAAAACAUUUCAAGAUACUGUUCUUGGAAGGAAAAAUAGUGGUGGAUGUUAUAAUCGUGUUGACAGCUUAAUGCCUUGCCAGGGAAUGGGGGCAACAGCAUGAACCCAAACCCUUCUCAUAUUUGUGGAUAGCUCUUUUUCAAUGCAGUGGAAAGCUCUGGACAUGAAUAAUGAUUCCCCACUGCAAAUGAUAGGAGUUCUGUUACAUAUACAAAAGGCAUACUGCAUGUCCUGUUGCAAUUAAAACAGUGUUGCUUCCUUCACUGUACACAAUGACUUGCAUUAUUAGGAGUCCAGGGUUACUACUGUUAGGAACAAAACUUUUAAAAAAUACACAGACUUUGUGGGUAUAAGGCAUGUGCACUGCUUUACUAGUUUGUUAUAAGAUUAUGGUGCAUUCUUUUCUUUCAGGAAUCCAGAAAAUUAGCCUUUUAUAAGACAUCAUGGUUUGGCAACUUUGUAGCUCAUAGUCUAUUUAAGUCAUGGUUGCUGAAUUCUGUAUUGUAUGCCACGUGAACCUAGCCACACAAGCAAACCAUGUGUUGUUAACCGCAAACAACUCAAAGAGAAACCACAGUUUGUUGUUUAAAUAAGCUAGACUUCACAACCCAAAUGUAAACCCAGAACUGUGGAUUGUUCAUGAAUGGAUUGUGUGUGAGGCUACAGGCAGCGAGCAAGAGUGGUAACGGGAAAGAGAGCUGCUCUGCAUACCAGAACUACGGUCCAUGAAGGCAUCUGGAACACAGAGAGGGAGUGGGUGAAGGAGGAAGGAAAUAAACUGCACAGAGAUUGGGAAAAGAACUGUGGUUUGUCUGUCCGCGAACUCCUGUGGUAAGGCAACAAACCAUUUGUUAACUGUGAGUUAAGUAAAUUAUGGGCUUGUGUUAGGUGCAAACCAGGUUAUAAACUAGCACUUUAGCAAAAUACAUGAAGUCAUUAUGUUAUAAACUGCACAAAACAUAAGACUUUCAACAUCUUGUACCACUGUGAUCUGAAAGGUGAUUAAAACACCUAGAGAUUAAAAGUACAUUCCAGAAUCCAUAGAUUCUUUCAAUAGGUCUUUGAUCAUGUAUGCCAAUUUGAGUGAUCAGGUAUGUCCAAGUAUUUGUACACUUGGAAAAAUAAAGAUGACAUACUGAUCUUGUGCUACCAUUUUCUGUGGCAAUGAAAUUGCAUUACAACUAAGUCAUAAUUUUUCAUACUCUUGUUGUUAGAAUGCAUCAAUUGCUCUUUUUUCUUAUGUUAAAGCAACAUUGCUAUUGUAGAGAUUUGUCAUCCAUUGUUUAAAAUAAUGCUGACCUUGAACAAAGUAAUGGGGGGGGUGAUGAUUACAUUGCAUUUAUAUCCCACCAUUCUUCCUUUUGCAAGGGAUCUAAGGCAACACAAGGUUGUCCUUUUUUUUACAUUUUCUUACAAGGUUCCCCUCGUUGCCAUUUUAUCCUCAGAGCAACCCGGUGAGGUAGUAGCUAGCCUAAAGUCACCCAGUGGGGUUUAUGGCUGAGUAGGGGCCAAACCCAGAUCUCCUGAGUCUCAGUCUGUCACUCCUUAUGAGUACACCACACUGGUUCUCACACUGGGAUGGCUAUGGAAUGACAUUGUGGCUGAAAAACCGCUAUUGCACAUUCAUCCAGAAAAUGGGAAAUUAGAUCAUCUCCCUAAAUCCUAGUCAGACUGUUUACAAGGAUUCCUUUCCUAUAAGUCUCAUUCCUCGAUGCACAAACAGCUGGACAGUAUGUCCGAAUUAUUAAAUAUUGUAGUUCAUCAAGGGAGGGUGCUAAAUCCAAAAUUUGUGUGGAUCCUUGAAAUUCCAGUGGUUAAGAGUCUCUCAGUUUAAUCUUAUGUGUUAUUUACUCAGAAUUAAGCCUCAUGGAAUUCAAGUGGGUCUUGCUCCCAAGUCAGAAUGCAUAGGAUUUUGUAGUUGCCUAGGGAAUAGUUUUGCUAUUUCAUGUGAUGAUACAAAAACUUAUCCUAAAAGAAAUUAGAUAUACAUUGACUGCAUGUUUGUGGAGUUAGACAAGAAAGCUUUUAUUAUUGGGGCAGGUGAGAUGAGAACUAAAACUACCGUUUCCCAGAAAUAUGCUUUCAUCAGUGCUAAGUUCUCUUGUUACUUCAACAGUUCCUGGUUGCAAAGCAAUAGGAAGUCAAUAAUCAGACUCAAGUACACUAAAAUUUGCUGUUGAAUGGUUCCCCAUGCUAGAGCCACAGCAAACCCAGGAAUGAGAUAGUCGUCAUCAAUGGUUAAUGUGCAAAGCAAGAAGUGGGACUUGUAGCAAAAAGUUAUACAGUGAUAUGUGGCUUUUAAGUUCCUGCCACUCCAUUUCACUUCUCCUUCCCAACCAGUUUUCCAUUCCACCACCUGCUGCAACCUCCAAGGGUCAGCAUUCCUUGCCCAGUGAGCACGCUGUGUUCUCACCUGGCUAUUUUGGACUGGAAGCUCCCCUUAGCUAGUUGGUUUAUUUCUACAGUUUUUUGUACUGUUUUUGCAAACAUUAGGGCUUCCCUGUGUAUCCUACGACUUCCUUCUUGUUUGUAAGUGGUGCUGGUUUGGCUAUGUAAGGCCUGGCUCUCAGAACACAUCAGUACAUUCACUUUUGAUAUAUAUGACAGGCAGUCAUGCACAGGGACAGAGAGCUCUUCCUGCUGCUGCAUUUUCUCUAUUGAUUUUGUAUUGGGUAUAUUAAAAUAAUUUGCACUAUAAUACUAGGGUGUUACUGAUACAUGUGCAGUAUCAGUAACCACUGAUAAGGGCAGAUAAACUGGCCAGAUACAGAAACAGGGUAGUUGUGGCUACUGGAUAAGCUCUCUUUAAGGCUGAUCUGGCAAGGCAGACAAGGAAAAAUGUUAGAAAUUCACCAGUGCUAAUGUUGCCCCAGAAUAAUCUCAAAAGUGCAAUACAGAUUGCGCUUCUAGUAUAAAAGCACCAGAAGAAUCAGAUUUUUAAAAUGGACCAUAAAUGAUACACUAGAUUAAGAACCGGUGUGUAAUCUGCAAUGCAGAAAUAAAUAUAAAAUGAUUGUAAGCCAUUGAUGUAGAGGACUUUGACUGCAAAGAACAGCUGUUGAGUGGGUUCUAGUAGGGGAGUCUUUUGAGUAUAUAAAGAGUUAGAUUGAGAAUACUGGAAGUUCCAUUGAUCCCAGAGGAUCUACUUUAAAUAUUCUAAAUAUACUGCUAGAAUGUGUCUUUCUUGACUCUUCAAAGCAUCCAACACAGAAGUCAGACAAUCCUGUACAUGUCUACUCAGAAGAUAGCCUUACAAAGUUCAAAAGGACUUACUCCCAAGUCAGUGCGAACUGCAGAUGUAAGCCUAUUAAAAUCAAAGUAGUUUAAGCAUGCCUAACUGAUUGUGGCCUAAGGUGCAUGGCUUAAGUAUGAGGGCCUAGCUUUCUUUUUCCAGUUAAUGAAUAUUGUAAACAUGAGAUAUGGUUAUGCAAGAUGUAUUUUACAGAAGUAGAAUUAGUAAAGGACCUUUAGGGUUGGUUUGGCCAACAUUUGUGUGUACUUAACUAGACUGUAUUUGCUGUCUCUUUCUCACCUCUAUUUGCUUCCCCCAAACAUCUGGCACCUUUUUACUUGAUUUGGCUCUCAAAAAUAUUUUAUUAAUAAGUGUUACUAAUGAAAACAAGAAAUACCUGCUUGUGGAGAUGCCUGCAAGUAUAAACAGGGAUCUGAUUGAUCAAGCUUGCAUAACAUGUCUCUUACACAAUUAAGUAUUAUAGAGGUCUUAGAACUAGACAUUUGUUUGCCUUUUCUGCAACUUUUAUAAGUGAACUUACCUAGCCUUUUCUAUGCCAAUACAGAGAAUGAUAAUCUACUGAAUGAAAAAGAUAAACUUGGAUGCUGAAAAAAUUAAGUGAUUUGCAUGUACCAUAUGAAAAUAAAUAAGUACGUCCAG